AUGCCAAAAACACCAAAAGUACAAUAUAGAAAAGAAAAUUUGCAGAAUGCGAUCAAAGCUGUUCAAGAUGCUGACAACAAGUUGUCUACAAGACAAAUUGCUGAAAAUUACGGUGUUCCAAGGACCAGUCUUCGGUAUUACAUUGAAAAUCCCGGGCAUAAAACUAGUCUAGGGCCAUCACCGGUAUUAACUGUUUCCGAAGAAAGUCAACUAGAGGAAUGGAUAAUAAUCUCGGCCAGAAAAGGGUUUCCUCGAAAUAAAGAAGAUAUUUUAGAUACAGUGCAAAAGUUUCUAGUGGAAAAUCCUCGUCCUAAUUUAUUUACAAAUAAUAGACCCGGUGAUGGUUGGUGGAAGGCAUUUUUGAAAAGACAUCCGAGGUUGACAAUAAGAACAUCAGAAGGAGUAUCAAAAGCAAGUUCCUAUGUCUCGGAAAAAGAUAUAAGAGGGUGGUUUGCUGAAAUCAGCGAUUAUGCUAAAGAAAAAGACUUGACUCCCAUUUUAAAUGAUCCAAAUCGUAUUUUUAAUGCAGAUGAAACAAAUUUCCAAAUUUGUGUUAAAACUGGCCAAGUGUUAGCGGAAAAAGGUGCUAAAAAUGUAUAUAAUAUUGAACAAUCUCAAGCCAAAGAAUCUAUAACAGUUUUGUUCACCUUUUCUGCCGCAGGACAAGUCUGUUGUCCGUUCGUUAUUUAUCCUUAUCAAAGAAUGCCUAUCAAAAAAAUUAGCGAUUCUGUACCGGACGGAUGGGGAAUCGGAAAGUCUGACUCAGGAUGGAUGACUACGGAAACUUUUUAUGAAUUUAUAGCAAAUGUGUUUCAUCCCUAUCUGGUCAGCAAUAAUGUCAAGCUUCCAGUUAUACUCUUUGUGGACGGCCAUAAAACGCAUUUAAAUUUCCAUUUGAGCCAACUUUGCACUCACCUUCAAAUUGAGUUAAUUGCAUUGUAUCCGAAUGCUACAAGAAUCCUUCAGCCCGCCGAUGUAGCUGCUUUUAGACCUCUAAAGAUGGGAUGGAAAAAAACUGUCAGAAAAUGGCAAAAUGAGAAUAAUAAUCAAGGCGUGACUAAAUUGAAUUUUGCUACUGUGCUUAAUGAAACUGUCAUAACCAGUUUAAGGCCUGAAAUAUUAGUGAACGGUUUUAAAGCCUGUGGCCUGUAUCCAUUUAACCCGGACGCGAUUGAUUAUAAUAAAUGCCUCGGAGACAAGAACGAGAAUGUCACAUCGCAAAAAAAUAAAAUGAUACCUGACUCUGCAAUGCUAAGUUACGCAAAAUUCAAAGAGAUCAUCGGAACAACUCUUUCCAACGACUUUGAAAACCGUAGUCAGAAUUUGCCUUGUCAAAAGAGUAAUGAACACUUGAAUAAGUUGUUCCAAAUAUGGCAAGCAUAUCACGACGUGGAAGUUAUGAGUACCACUAAAGAAGGAAUAGACUCUUCAGUUGUUACAUCGCAAAAAGGCGACAAAGCAGUACAAGUAGUAGAUUUUCCUAAUGUAUCACCGCAAAGAAAUGAAGAAGAGUGUGUUGCAGAGAUAAAUGACUUCAGUGAGCUAGCUUUAAAGACACGAGACUUUAAAGAAAUAGAAGGUGCUUUAUCUCUUGAUAUUACUUCCACCGUACCCGAGAAGUCAAAAUUUGAGUCUACGCCUUCUGUGGUCACGGUGAAGUCAACUCUUGAGCUGUCAAGUCCACAAAGAAAUGAACAAGGAUGCGUUGAAGAAGAUAGUGAGCUAGUUUUUCAAAUACCAGACACUUGA